CCGCGAAACUUGGGUCCAAACGGUCCCGUUUUCACUGGCAGCCGCCACGCGCCGCCCUUAAACCCCCAACCAAACAUCCCCCCAAGAACCACACUUUCUGGCCGUUCCCCUAGAAUUUUCUCGCCUCCUUUUCCCCAUCACUUUCCCGAGAAAAAAACGCAACCGGCGAAUCCAAUGGCCUCCAGAUUCGCCCUCCGUCUCCGGCCUCAUCUCGUCCGCGCCAUCACCUCCGCUCUGGCGCGCUCCUCCCUGUCCAUCUCCACCGUCGGAUCUCCUCCCCCAAUCCUCCUCUCUCCAAUCUCCGAUCUCCACGCCAUCCCCCGCGACUACCCAAGCUCGAUCGCCGCACUCCGGUUCCUCUCCACGGCCCGGCGCGUCCCGACCCGGGCCAAGCGGGUGGACAUCGGAGCCCGAGCCCGCCAGCUCCAGAGCCGGCGGCUCUGGACCUACGCCCUGACUUUCAGCUGCAUCGCCGGGUUCAUUGUGAUCGUGCUGAACCAGUUUCAGGACCAGUUGGUGUUCUACUUGACUCCGACGGAUGCGAUGGAGAAGUACUCUGCUAACCCGACGAAGAACAAGUUUAGAUUGGGUGGACUGGUUCUAGAAGGUUCCGUCACGCAGCCUGCUUCCUCCCCGGAAAUGGAGUUCGUCAUCACUGACUUGAUCACUGACAUUUUGGUCAGGUAUCGAGGUUCGUUACCAGACUUAUUCAGGGAAGGGCACUCCGUGGUGGUCGAAGGGUUUGUGAAACCAUUCCCUGAUGAAAUAAGGAAGGAGGUGUCUUCCAAGUCGGUGUCGGGGAAAGCAAGAAGUGCAGAAUGUUAUUUUGCGGCGACGGAGGUUCUAGCUAAGCACGAUGAGAAGUACAUGCCCCAGGAGGUCGCUGCUGCGAUUGAGAAGAACAAGAAGAUGAUUGAAGCAGGGGAGAAUACAGUUGCGGGAGCUAAACCCUCAUAAAUCAGUGAUUGCUGAUUGAUUUUUCUAACACCCAGCACCAAAGUACUUUUCCAAAUAAUAAGGUGAUUCAAGCAUGGGAGAAUUUUUGAAGGAUCUAAACCAUUAUAGGUAAUUGGUAUUUGGUAUAAUCAUUCAAUUCAGGUGUAGCUGAUGAUGCUCAUUGACACAUUCAUUUUGGUUCACCACGGCGAUUCCUUGCUGUUUCUAAAGAGUAGUAGUUAAACACAUGGGCUACAUUAGUUCAAGUAGUUGGAGAGUCUUUUGAUUGAUACCUAGGUGUAUGAAGUAAGUUAUUCUUUGUAAUUAGGCGGAGAUUUCAUCUCAAGGUGCCAAUUGUCAAUUUUGCGGAUGGAAUAGCUCAUUGAUGGGUCUUUUGUAUUGUUUUCUAUUGUCCCCUGAUUGGGGAGGUGAGUGCCUUGGUGGUAUACAUAUAUAUUCUAAAUAUCUUGCAAACCGUAUGUUUUGCAGAGUCGUCUCUUUCUUGUAAUGAAAUUUUAGAGUCAGUGUUCUUGUUA